GGUGUACACGGAGCUAUGCUGGUGCACGAACCUCGAUUUUCAAGCGACUUGCUAGCUGAUUUAUUGAGUAUUCCUGCUAACAAAACUUUAUUAAGAAGGCAUUUGGCCACGCAUUUCAAGGAAUUACUUGGUCGAGAUAUUAUGCAAGGCAAACGUGAGGCCGAGUCUACUCUUGGCUUUGUUCCACUCACCCUAACAGCUAAAGUGAAGGUUCCCAAGAAAUCACAGUUCUCUUUAAAACGCCAUAAAAGCCCCACGUUAGAUGAUCUUGGAGAAUUAGUAUGUCCAAUGAAUGAAAAAGUGCCAGGUGAACGAUCUACUCAUAUGCCUAUGAAGAAAAACAAAGCCGGACUGGAUGCAUCUGAAUCAUUAGCAGGAAUCAUUAAUGAAAAAUAAUGUUUUAGCCUUUUUUUUGUUCAACUGACUAACUAUUUGAAUAAUCAAAUUGUAUAGCUUUAAGUAUUUUUAAACAUUUUAUAUUUCAGAAUUCGAACGAUACACACCUCUAG